AUGGCGGCGAUCAACGUUGGAGAUUGGUUGCAUGGUCUUAGUGGACCGAUGGGAGACCUUACAGACGGCAGUGCUCAGUGGUGGUCCCAAGUGUUAUCCAGUUUGGACGCUUACUACGGGGAGUAUAUCAACGCGUCGGCGGUGAAGAAGCUCCAGAUGAAGCCGGAGGACUAUGCGGGUCCAAUGCUGAGGGAAUCCAAGUGGCUUCGUGUGGACAAGAGGGCGGCUUCAAUGCUUCUCCAGGCGAUCCCGGAGGCGAUCCGCACGGAGGUCCUGGCGAAUCGUCUCCAGACGACGCUGGCGAUUCUUGCGAGGAUCAUGACGAUCUACAGACCAGGGUCGGCGGUGGAGCGACAGCAGGUGCUGAAGGCAUUGGAGUCACCAGGCAAUGCGACAAACCCCAUGGAGUUAGUAGAGUGUCUUCGAAAAUGGGCUCGGUGGUUGAAGCGGGCUCAGGAUCUGGGGUUGCAGGUCCCAGACCCUUCGAUUUUGUUGAAGGGGUUGGACCAGUCGGCCAAGGCACAGCUCGAGCGACACAGCGAGGUGAUGUUCCGCACCAACAUGCUUCGAUACAGCCUGGAGUUGGACUCGACCCCGGUGCUUGGAGCAGUGGUGAAGUACCAUUCCCAUUUGUUGGGAGAGCUCGAGCAGAUAGCCUACAGGGGGCGGAUCAAGACCACUCCGAGCUCAACGGCAGCACUGAGGGCUAUGGGCACUGGAGCUAGUGAAGCGGCCCACGCAGGGUCUCCGAAGGGGGUAACGUCGCCUUCGUCACCUACCUCAGCGGCGCAGCGUCCUUGCAAAUUCUUUGUGUCCGAGGCUGGCUGCCAAAGGGCUAACUGCAAGUUCACGCACGAUUGGGCAGCGAUACCUCGUGAAGAGCGACAAGAGCGGUGCAAAGGAUGCGGGGCCAAAGGACAUAUGAGACGGAACUGUCCGGUCAAGGCUGGAGGAGGAGAGCAACCUCGACGCGAAGACGGUAAGGGAGCACCACCGCGGCUACGACCUAUGGGAAAGGGUGCAGAUGCGAAGCGGGAUGAUGGAACCGUGCCUACGACUUCUACCACUACGGCGGGUGCCUCUACCAGUACGGGGGCUAACUCGACAACGGCGGCGGCCUCGGCACCUUCGUCUUUGGGGGCGUCUACGGAUUCCACUUCGUCGUCUUCGGCAACCGCAGUCGGCCCGGAAUCUGGAGGUGGACCAAGGGAUGUUGAUGAGUUUUUGAGGAACGCGACUCAAAUCCUUAAGUUGAUGACGGAGCAGCAGAGCGCGGCGAGACCAUCACCAUCUAUGAAGAUGCUUAAGAAGGCGAUCAUGGAGUAUGAGAGCAAAAUGGCUCUGGUGGAUAGCGGGGCUACUCACCCUUUGCGGCGGGCCUCAAAUGCCGAGUGGGACAGCGCACCGGAGGUGGAGGUUGUGGUUGCGGGCGAGGACGUGAAGAAAAUGAGACAGAACCGCGCUGGCACCUUACUGUUAGACCCAGCGACAGAAAGGUCACAGACGAUCCUGCCUGUAGGAAGUUUGGUGGGGGUGCUGGGCUAUGAAAUGAUAUGGUCAAAGCGGCGGUGUUACCUACGGUCCCCGGAGGGGAAGGAGCUGCCAAUGAAGAUCAAUACAGGGUGUCCUGAGGUUGCUGAAACUACCGCGUUGGAACUCAUCGCCAGGAUCGAGGAAGAGAAGUUGUUGGAGCUAGAGCGCAAUGCGGAGUACACCAGGACAGCUAUGAUGAGGGCACAAGAGCUUCAGAGGGACCCGGUGUGGGAGAAAAGCAUGAAGGCCUAUGUUACGGAAGGCAAGUUCGAGGAUGGAUUUCGGGCAUUGUCAUCGUCGCCAUGGAUCUACGACCACCUCAAUGUGGAGUUGGCUAGGGUUGUUUCGGACCUUCCGAAGUCGGAUGGUGAGGCCUGGAACCUGAUGCAGCAGCUCGGCUUCAACCGAAGGAUGCGGAAGCGCAUGAUGAAUAAGGACUGGAUAGUUAAGCUCUGCAGUGGGAGGAGAUCACCAACGGAUAAGUUGUUCAAGGUUGUGGAGAGCAACGGGACGAUGGUGCUGGAUAUAGAUCGGCAACGACUCUCGCAGCUGGACCUUCUGAAGGCCGGGCCCGGCGUGAUGAUGAUGUUACUAUGGGGAGCGGCUACGGGGCGCAUUGCGGGUGUCAUUGCUGGUCUGCCAAAGCAUAGUGCAGAGGAGCAUGUGUUACGAGCCGUGUCCUUGUACGAGGUGGCGAAGGCUGGGAGAGCAGCUAUGUGCGAGGCAAUGGAUGUUCCAUUGGAUGGGGUGGCGUUUGCAUUGUGGGCUUCGGCGGAGGCUGAGGAAGAUGAAUGCUCCCUAACCUGGCAGUUCAAGUGGUUUCGGCGGUGGAUGGCGGAAGGGCAUAUGGACCUACUUCAUUUUGAGCAAGGCGGCCUUGGACAUCCUCUACGUCGACCUACAUCUAUGGCUACCAACUUGGACGUUGUGGAGUUAAGAGGUGUGCGAGAUCAACGACUACAUGAUGAAGACUCCAAGGGGGCGUGGUCAGCUUGGGCGCCGAUGAUGGCUCGUGUGUUAGCUCGGGGCCUGAAGAGAUGGAAGAUGAGACCAGCUUGGUAUCCCCGGCUCGUAAAGGCGCUCAAGGCGGUGGACCGGAGGGCAUGGGAGCGGCACUUGAUGAACGACCAUCUACCUUACAGACCAGACUGUUUGCAGUGCAUCCACAAUGCUACCGGGCGACCUCACCGUCGAUGCCUACACCGAGACUGCUACGUGAUGAGUGCGGAUACUCUGGGUCCAGUGCGUGUUCCGGGUCCCAAAGGUGAGCGGUAUGCCGUUGUGUUCACCUACCAGUUUCCCAAACAACAUUUGGUGCCUGAGGACCAUCCUCUACCAGAUGAAGAGCUUGAUGGGUGGAACUUGGAUGCAAAACCUAAAGGUGAGUCUGAACUUCCUACAGAAGGUGAUGUGCAACCUUGGGAGGAGGAUGGCGAUGAUGAGCUACCUAAGGGUGAACUUGAUGAACUACAACAGCAGCAUCAACAGCCACCGGAGGAGGAAAGUGAGGAAAUAGAUGUGAUGCCAAUGGUGGAGAAGUUGACUGCCAAGGACACAGAGUCCGCAGAAGAUUGGUGGGAGUUCCGAGAGGCGGCUGGGGUGCUGAUAAGGCACCACGUGGCUCCCAGGACCAAGUUGUUCAGACCUACUUCGUGGAAUGCGUGUCCCCUACACCCUGCUACGCUUGACUAUACUCGAGUGACGGAGGUGAAGUAUGUGGGUGGCGGCGUGGAAACGGAGACUUCGGACUGGCAUGGAGUUCAAUCGGGAGCUCGGGCUUUGGAUCGCGAGUGGACGGGGCGAACUACGUUCCGUGUGUCAGCUGCGGAGAUCCCAGAGGAAGAAGAGGAGAUGCAAAAGGACGAGGCGGCUUGGGAAAAGCUCAUCGGCGACCUCACUAAGCCGGUGGAAAUGGACACGAUUUACAUGGUGUAUCCGGUACGCUCCAGGCGAGGAGGAGACAUCAUGUUGGCGGUCCAGGAGGCGGUUCUCAGGUUGAAGCUGCUUGGGAUGCCGGUGGCGCGACUUCAUUCUGAUAGGGGCUCUGAGUUCGCCUCAAAAGGGUUGAGAAAGUGGCUGCUGGACAGGGACAUCUACCACACUCGGUCCGAAGCACUAGUACCUCAGACCAAUGGUGCUGCAGAACGUGGAGUACGUUGGUUUAAGACCAUGGCUAAGGUGUUGAUGGCGGAGGCGAAGGUGGGCCCAAAGUUUUGGACAGUAGCUAUGCAGCACGCGGCCAACCGGAGGAUGUACGAGCGGCUGGGCUUGGAAAAACCACGGUUGCUGAAGUUCGGGUCGAAGGUGAUGAUAAGAAGGAAGGUGUUCGGCAACAACAAGAAGUACGACCUUACCGAUCGUUGGGAAGAGGGAACCUACCUGGGCUUGUCGGAUACGAUCAAGGGAGGAGCAGUGGUGUUGCGGCCUAGUGGUGUCAUAACGGAGACGCUCAACCUGAAGUUGGACAUUGUGGACCCGCAUCUACUUCUGGCGGAACCUGAGGAGGAUAAUGGAGCUGGUGUUGGGGACAUUGGUGUACAAGAAGUACCGGUUGUAGAUCUGCCGGACCCGGCACGUCGAUUGAAGGCAAAGACAACGCCUCCUGCACUUCGGGUACUUAGCCUUAGUGAACAUCAUGAACUACAACGAAAACGAGGGCCCAGUGGAUGGACUAUGAGGUCAGUCGUUAAACAACAAGAGGAAAGGGCCAAGCAUUUUUAUGACAUGGGCAAGUUUGACUUGGAGACCUGUGCCGAAGUUCUUCGUGGAGUUCAUCUGGAAAGGGCUAGGCGACAAGGGCGGGGGGAAGCAUCCUCGUUGGUGCUGGGAGCUUAUGUUCAUGGAGGUUUGCGGGGUGCGACGUUAUCUUCGAGGAAAAGGCCCUGGUUGACUAAGUACCUCAACAUGGUGUUGCGGCAACGGACUGUUGAAACUACGGAUCGUGAACCUUCAUGGGCUACCUUGGGAGUGUUCCGGGCCGCGGAUAUACCACCUCAUCGUGACUUACGAAACCAACCUGGUUCGGAGAACUUUGUCAUGGAAGUGGGGUCCAAGUCUGUGGGUGGAUUGUGGUUGUCUGGAGGAGAGGCUCAGGACUCAGGGAAAGGUUUUGACAAGCCGCAUCAACGAGAACUUCCGGAUGGCUCUGUGGUGGAGGGGGUAGUCAUGGAUAUCACGAAAAAGGUGGCGGUGUUUGACCCGAAAAAGACGCACUCCUAUAUCAACCCUGAGGACGGAGACAGAUGGAUUGUUGCUGGGUUUACGCCGCUUGGAGUUGAACAGCUACCACCUGAACCUGUGUCGUUCCUGAACAAAUGUGGGUUUCCUUUGGACCGGACAGGCUUGGAGAUUCACACUGUGGAGCGGGACGAGGUCGUUAUGGAGGAUGGUUCCUACUCAGAGAUGGACGAUGACGAGAGCGAAGAAGAGGAACUUGAGAACCGAGCUCGUGUUUUGCGGUGUGUUCUACAGGAGGAGCGAAGGGAGCUUGAGGAACCCGAGGUGGCAAAUGGUUUCCAGGACAAGGUUGAGAACGCGUUGUGGGAAUGUGAACGGGAACUUCACUGGUUUGCUGUGCGCGACAUGAAGAAGAUUAUGAAGGUUUCUCCCGGGCAGGCUCAGGACGUUGAGGUUGAAAGACUACUGGGAGACCUGGGCGGUUCGUUGGAGGUUGUGCACAAUGUCAGCUUGCCGGAAGUAAAGAAGUACCUAGACCGUUGGAAGCCGGCCAUUCUCAAGGAGGUCCAGGCGCUGAUUGAGUCGGGCACCGUGCGGAGACUAAGUCCGGAACAGACGCGGGAGUUGAAGAAGGAUGGACUGGUGGUUUUACCAGGCAAGGCGGUCUUUACCGCCAAACCGCCGGUGGAUGCUUCGCUUGGUGGAGACAAGUACCGCAGGAAAUGUAGAAUAGUGGUUUGUGGAAAUUACUUGCCGGACCGCAACUUGAACGUGUACGCCUCUGGAACAAGUUCGGAUUCGUUGAGGGUCGCUAUAGCCUAUGCUGUGAAGAUGGCGUGGUUAAUUGGCAGCACAGAUGUGGCAAAUGCUUUCACGUUGGCGCCGAUGCCAGGUGAUAGACUUUAUGCAGUGUCGCCUCCUACUGUGGUUGUCAUGGCUCAGGGAGCAGCGCCAGGGGAAACCUGGUUGAUCGAGAGGGUUCUCUACGGUCUGCGGGAGGCUCCUCGACUUUGGGGUUGCUUCAGGAAUGAGCGCUUGGCCGGAGCACGCAUCGAGACGGAGCAGGGCACCCUCGUCCUUCGAAGUAUGACGACAGACGAAAACAUGUGGAAGAUAUGUUUCGAGAAUGAUGAAACGAUGACUCCUCAAGGGCUACUGCUGGUGUACGUAGAUGACAUUUUGUUCUUGUCGACCAAGGAGAUUGUCUUGAAAGUGUACCAGUGGCUUAUCCAGGACUGGAAGUGCUCGGCCCUGGAAUGGAUGCAUGAGGGUUUUAUCAGGUUCCUGGGAAUAGAACUUCGAGUAUGCGAGGGCGGCGUGCACCUUUCUCAGGCGGGCUAUGUACGAGAUCUCCUACGGCAACAUGGAGUACCAGAACAACCAGAGGCAGGUUUGACCAUCCCAUGUCAACGGGAAUGGCUCCAGGAUGAUUCGGAGGAAGAGCCUGAGGCAGCUCCGGAAGAGUCUGUUGAGGGCAUUGCGAAUGCGGCUGUGAAGACGCUCAAGAUUGCCAGCGGGAAGGGUGUGUUGGUGUUCAUAAUGGUGUGCUUGCUGUUAAUUAAGGGAGUUCAAGGAGCCAAGGACGAUCUACAAUUGGAUGGAUCGGUGGAGUUUUAUGCCAUAGUGAUCCUGUGUGGGUUAGCAUGCGUGGUGGUCUGGGAAAUGAUCAAGAAAGUAAUGAGUGGAGUCUCAGCAGCUUGGAAGGCAUGGACACGCAAGCAACGAAAGGUUGAAAGGCUCCGUGAGAGAGCAGAAGCGGCGGGCGUCAGAGCAGCCUGCAUCGUCAAGCUCCGGAAGAGGGCCUACGAGGAUUACUACGACAGCGUGGGAUCGGCACCUGGACACUAUGCCCGGGGCAUCGUCAUCAAGAGCACCAGGCUAGUGGCCUUCGCCACAUUUCGAAAAACUGGCGAGAUGGUGGGAAUGGGCUCCAGGAUCCAAGUGCUCGAACGGGUCACACAGCUGGUGAACCUGCCGGAGACAGCACCCACGGUGGAAGUGAAUCUGGCGCCCCCGAGGGCCUGGAAGAACCUCACUGCCGGAGCAGCCGGCGCAGCCUUUGCCGGAUCCCUUACGGCUGCUCUUCAACUGGAGCCGGCCGGCAUCCAGGCAGCACUGCUUAGCAGCAUCAAGUCCCCUGACGGUGAAGUGGUGCCGAAAGCAAAGACAUCGGUCAUUUUGCAUCACGAUGAAAAGUCGCACCGUCAGCGACGGCAGAGGGACAAGGGGCAUGUGCUUCAGAAUGCGGAGAAGUGCUUCCUAGUGACGCCAGACUUUACUGAAACAACACGGGAUACGAAGUCCCAGUUGUUCCUGCAUGUUUGGUGGCUGCGUUUACGCGCUUUUGAUGCUUUCCAGGUACAAAUGGCAGCGCGUGACGGAAUCCGCGGCAACCAGAAUUGCCAGGAGCGGCCGGAGAUCGUUGAGGCUUUGCUCUCAACAGCUUUGGCCCGCCUCGCCGAGUGCUCGGCGUUGGUGGAGAUGAAGAUACCCCCUGGCGAGGACGCCAAGGUGGUGGUCGUCGGCGACCUCCAUGGGCAGUUGGCAGAUGCCCUGCACAUCUUUCACAGCUGCGGCCCACCAGACAAGGAGAGGCGGUACCUCAUCAACGGCGACAUCUCCGACCGCGGUGCGCAGGCCGUUGAGAUUUGGAUCCUCGUCCUGGCCUUCAUGGCCAGAUAUCCAGAGCAGGUACACGUCCUACGGGGCAAUCACGAAAACGAGCACUUGAACGAGCGCUCGCGCCUCUUCGGAGGUGGCUUCGCAGAGGAGUGCCUGGCCAAAUAUGGCCCGCGUAUCUAUGAGCGAUUUCAACAGCUCUUCCUCCUGUUGCCCCUCUUCGCCGUUCUGGAGAGUCAGGUCUUUGUGGUCCACGGCGGCCUGUUUCGGAUCCCAGAGGUAACGCUGGCGCGGCUGCAAACGCUGCCUUAUCGCCGGCACUACCCCCUCGGUCUCAGCGAGGAAGAGAGGGCCAGCGGCAAGGAUUGGACCGAGGACGAGAAGAUUCUCUUCGACGCCCAAUGGGCCGAUCCGACGGAUGCGCUGGGCAUCACCCGGUCCUCGCGCGGAAGCAUGGUCAUGAACUUCGGCCCGGAUGUCACGCGGAAGUUUCUCCAGGAUUCCGAUCGCUGCAAUACCCAGACGCUUACAGAGGACAAUGAGCUCUCUUUGUGCAUCCGCUCGCAUCAGGUGCCUCGCACCUUAGAUGGCUUCGAGCUGCAGCACGACGGCGCCAACUCCAUUUUGAUUGGCGCUUUUGGUCCUGAGAACACAGUGGUCGUUCCCAUUCCGGCUCCUUGCGCGGAGUAUGCCGCGGCAUUCUCAUUGCCGCUGGACAAGGCCGGAGCAGUCGAGACUUCCGACGAGGGCUUUUGCAGGUCUCACGGUCCAGCGAGACUGAUCGUCGCUGACUUUGUACAAUUUCUUGACCAGUCAGGCCGCCACAUCCUUCGCUCCAUUGUCACCCAUGCGGCAUGGAUCUUGAGUCUACCUCAGGCAGAGAAAAACGCGGGUUUGGCAGCAGCUGCUGCUCUGCCACAGGACGUUCGCUAUAUCAGAGGCCUCACCAACCCCAACGUGGAUUUCCCUGCGGGAGUAUCUGCAAAGUUGAAGGUUGCCAGUGGGUACCUCAAAUUGACAAAUGUCAAUUCAUUUGUCUUGAAGCUGUUGGGAUCCCUGGAGUUUUCGGACCAGACCAAGGCUCAUGCUGCUAACUGCGGCUUUGCCGAGCAUCCGGUCGAUUCUCAACCGGGAACCCCUCUUGACCCAGCUAAUAUAGCCGGACGUUGCAGCAUUUUGGGGCGUUUUCGUCCUGAAUUGCUACGCGACCAACUCCAUCCGUCAGCACUCUACAUCCUAUUGGGAUGUUAUGCUGACCGCAUCGGAUUCACGACCGCAAUCGCCACUAUGUCUGCCGUUUGUUACGAGGUCGUCAAUGACGGCAUCCGUCACCUGUACUCAGGAUUACGGGAGGCGUAUGAGGCAACACUUACCCAAGGUGGAACCGCAGUCACUGAAGCGGCGCUGAAAGAUGUCAGCGUCCAGGGCUGUUUCGACCACAUUGUGAGCUCUGAUGAAGAUUUUCAACUUGGGAUUGUCUUGACCAUGGAUCCUUGUGGAUUGAUCGCCAAGGAGGGCGGUCACCAGAUGACGGAUCCUGACGCUGGCGCACCGGUUACGUUGCGAGCAGCAUCGGUGACGGGACCGAGCUCUACGGCUGGGGCAACUCUGCUGGGGAUGAACAUCCGCUGGCAGGGAUUGGACCUUGGCUACAUUGACUCGGACGCACUGAACGCCACAUCCCCAAUGCAAUCUCUGGGCUAUCUUCAGUUUGAGUCUCAGAUUGCAAGCGGGGUAAUGGCAAAGGUCAGAGACUAUCACAGGCGAGACGCGAUUGACCUGGCCAAUUGGGUAAACGCUAAAGACUUGAUGCAACCUGCUCUGAAGUUCUAG